UGCAGCGUUGCACGCGCCCUUCGCUACACGCGCUCCCUGGACGGUGCUCGCCGCAGAGAACGUCCCUUGCCGAUCAUCGCCUCUGUGUCCACCGCAGUUGCCGACUUCAUCAGCCAUGUCGUAUACAGGUCCAAUGUCCACCCGCGUGGACGCGCCAGAGCUGGAGAAGACGGACAACGUCAAGGAAGGCGUCGUGUGCGCCGUGGUCGUGCUCGUGCUGGCGGGCGUGCUGACGGCGGUGGGGUUGUACAUGUCCUUCUGGCCCAGCGACAUGGACGGUGAGAACUCCGGCUCUUCGGUUGCCCCUCGGAACGACCCGCUGUGCCAGGGCAGACGUUGCGCCGACGCGACCGCCAGGCUCACGGCCAUCAUGAAGACGGACGCGGACCCGUGCGAGAACUUCUACCGGUUCGUGUGCGGAAACUACGAGAGCCCUUCGCGCCAGAUGCUCGCGCAGAUGGAGGACGAAAUGUACGCGUCGCUUGCCGAGACGCUCAAGAAGGCGAAGCUCCCGCCGAGCGAACAGACGGCCCCCGAGAAGGCGGCCGCGCUCUACAAAGCCUGCAGCAUGGGGGUCCGCAAAGGGGAAGUGGACGACAGCGCCGUCAUGAAGCAGUUCAUGGAGCAAGUGGGCCUCACUGCGAACACCUACGAGCGCGCUGAGCCCCUGGACAAGAUGGUCAUGCUGUUCUUCCACUACAAUCUGGGCAGCGUGCUGGACUUGUCCCUGGUGGACACGCGGGUCCACCGGGGUCACCGCGUGCUCCAUGUGGGCCUCAGCGCUGCGCAUCUCUGGUGGCUCGGCAAUCGCGGCCGAGCCGACGCCAACUCCUUCUACCGUUGGCACCUGGGGCCGUUUGGGUUGGACCCUAAGAGCACCCGGGCCAGAGACGCGGCUGGAGAGAUCAUCAACGCCGAGACUGUCGCGAUAGCGGAGCUCAUCGGGCGUUCGAACCCGGGCCAGGGCUCUGGCGAAUUCAUCUACAUUGUGUCAGAACUAAAUCACCUGGCGCCUUGCGAGACUGGAAAUUGGGCGAACCUGAUAUCCAAAUACUCCAGCCAUGUCUACGGUGCUGAUGACGAAGUACUGGUCCAGAAGCCAGACAUUGCUCGCUUCGCCAAUCUUUGCCGGUACCUGGGCAGUGCGCGGCUCAGUCUGCUCGUCAGCUGGGAGCUUCUGCGCACACUGAUGCCGCUCUCGUCCCCUGGCGUGGCCAUGCAUUACAAGGACGAGAUGGCCAGCCACAUGUGCCUGCGGGCCGUCGCGCGAGCCAUGGAGGUGCCACUCCUCUCGUGGUACCUGUUCAAGGAGGUGCCGCCGCGCACAGUGGCCAAGGCCAAGGAGAUGGCCGACUACAUCCGCAAGUCCAUUCUGGAGGAAAUCGACUCGUCCACCUGGUUGGACGGCACGACCAAGCGGACGGCUAUCAACAAGGUGUACUCCAUGCGGCUGCACGUCGGCUACCCCUCGCACUUCGCUAGCAGCGAGGACAUCGAGCGCUUCUACAGCUCCUACCCGAACGUCGAGGAUCGCUUCCUCCAGCCCUGGCAGGAGGCCAUGAAGAAAACCGUUCAAUGGAUGACCAUCGACAACAGCAGCUUCUGGUUCUCGGUGGCCAGCACCAACGCUCUGUACUUGCCGAUGCGCAACCGCAUCGUGAUCCCGGCCACGGUGCUGCGGCUGCCCAUGUUCUCGCCGGACGCACCCAAGGCGUUCACCUACGGCGGACUAGGCGCCGUCUUGGGACACGAGAUGACGCACGCAUUCGACCCCGUGGGCAGCAUGUGGGACGCCCGAGGCCGCAGGCGGGACUGGUGGACGGCCAGCUCGAGGCAGCUGUACGACGGCCGCCUCGGCUGCCUGCGCCUCUCGCACGGAACGGCGCAGAGCGAUGCCGACUCGGAGAACAUGGCCGACUUCGCCGGCCUGGGGUCGUCAUACAACGCCUACGCGAACCUAGGCGACAAGCAGAAGCUCAAGGAGCUGCCGUACGACGCCGAGCAGCUCUUCUUCAUCUCGUCGUGCGUCAAGUGGUGCGCCGCCGAUCGUGCCGGAUACUCGAAGCGCUACGCCCCCUGGUGGGACCGCUGCAACGUGCCGCUCAAGAACAUGGAGGAGUUCGCGGAGGCCUUUCACUGCGCCGAGGGAUCGGCCAUGCGGCCCGCGCGGCGCUGCGCCUUCUGGUAGACGGCGUCGAUUAAAGCUCCCGUAGCAUUU